AUGUUGUCUACAUUCCAUCUCUUUCCGAAGCUGCCCAAGGAGAUGCGGCUCCAAAUCUACGAGAGUACAUUCGAAGCACGAAUUCUCCAACUAGGUGUCGACGCAGGCGUCCCUUUCCCCCCAGGAAUAGGGCUUCUAGGAUACAGCAACGGGCCCACGAAACAGCUACACACACACCUUCCUAGCCUCUUUGCCGUGUGCAUCGAAUCUCGCGAUAUGUGCAAAUCCGUUUUCGUCGCAUGCGGUCCAACCUUCAUCCAUCCCAGAUUAGACACGCUGUAUAUCUCUCACUAUGCGAUCAUGAGAAUGGUCUACACCGAAUCAGCCAAAGCCUGCGGAUCGUCAGCGUACUCGCUUGCGGCAUUUGAUAGGGUUGCGAUAGAAUUCGGCGUCGAGAGCCUCCCAGAGGAUGUUGCAGGAUGGAAGGAAAAGCCGAAGACCUGGCGGGUCAGACGUGGCAUUAGAGAGCUCUGCGCGCCUAAAGUGUCGCCAGCGACGGAUUACGCAGAGUUCUUCAGGUGUUUCGGAGCGCCGAGAGAGAUAUUACUUGUGAAUGCUGGCAAGCUCAGGUGGUAUGGUGGUUCCUCUAAGUUUGGCAGUUGGCGGAGUAUUGAGCUGGUCGCGACAGAGAUAAACAACACUGACCAGGUAAACUUGGUAGAUUUUCUCAAAGCACAGUUGCCAUCAUCAUUGACUGGAGCGAGAACGGAAUUGACGGUUGUAGAUGCGCGUAAGGAUCAUUUGGUUUGUUUGACCUGUCCCUAUUCCUGGACCACAUGGCGCGACAAGAUGGAGAUAUACUCAUACUCAUGA